CGACCGCGGGGUCUCUCGGCCCAAGCCCCCGCCCCGAUUCCCGCCCGUCCGCAGGGUCUCCCGGCCUAAGCUCCCACCUUCCGCGGGGUCUCUCGGCCCAAGCACCCGUCCCGAUCCCCGUCCGUCCGCGGGGUCUCCCGGCCCAAACUCCCACCCAACCGCAGAGUCUCCCGGCCCAAGCCCCCGCCCGUCCGCGGGGUCUCCCGGCCCAAACCCCCGCCCGUCCCUGACCAGUCGGGGGUGAGCGUGAUAGUCGAGUCUCUGGCUGCCUGGAUAAGAGGGCUCGGUCUCACAAUGGCUCAAAAGCAGAAAUGCACGAGGAGUUACAAACCUAUUGUUUAACAUAGAGCACUGAAGAUAAAUGAAAUGGAAUUCAAUGAACACCUCCUUGACUUUCCUGUUUGCGGUGCAAUCCUACUAACUAGACAUUGCUAACAAAUUGUUGUCAGAAGGUGAACAUCAGAGGAAAGGGCUUUAAAGUGAUGAACUGAUGAAUACACUCACAUAAAGGAUUCUAAACAUUAAGAUGCUCAUGAUGUGACUGGUUUAUUUGCAAAGAGAGGCUGCAGUUGGACAAUCAUGUUUGGAAGUCUGUUCAGAAGAAAUCCAUCUCAGAAGCUAAGUGUUUUGCUGCUAAUUUUUGGAUUUAUUUGGGGCUUGGUGCUACUCCGAUAUACAUUCCAGCAUCCAAAGCACCAAAGCAGCAUAGAACUGCGUGAACAGAUACUGGAACUCAGUAAAAGAUAUGUCCGAGCUCUAGCAGAAGAAAAUCAGAAUGCAAUGGAGGGUCCUCAUGGUGCUUCAAUGGCAGGAUAUGCUGAUCUGAAAAGAACAAUUGCUGUCCUGCUUGAUGAUAUUUUACAACGCUUGGGAAAGCUGGAAAACAGGGUGGAUGACAUGCUUAUAAGCAGUUUGACAAAUAGUACCAACAAUACCAACACCAAUCCUGUGUCAGCAGCUUCCAAUAAACAAAUGAAUGUUCAAGGUAGUAUUAGAUAGCAAGUCUGCAAAGGGGGGUAAGAAAAUGGCAUACUGUUUUUGUUUCCUUUUCUGUUUUGGUAACCAUCAAAUCUUACAGACCUUUUCCAAAGGUUUCAUUGACAUUUCUGUCCAGUUGAAGCACAGUAAGUAUCUGGUGCUGUGUACAGUCUCAUAGAAUUUUGAGAUCAGUACAUUGUAUUAAAACUAAUUUUGCAAAAAAAAUCAACCUAAUGUCAUACUGGAACAGAUUGCAUGUGAAUGCAAAUUCUUGGGGAUCUGUCUCAUGGUUCAGUGCAAUUUUAGUUGGCUGGAUUUUUAAAAUGUUAUGCUUGUAGACAAAAGAGAUCUGUUAUAUGAAAUAGAAAUUACCUAGUCAGACAUUUAUAUCCCACUAAUAUGUAUUUAAAAGUUGUCAUAUCUUUACUGACGUUAAAGUCAUUACAGUUUAAAAUGAACAGUUUUAAGUGCACUGAAUUUGCAUGUAAAUACAAAACAGUCAUGCUGAAUAUUUGGUCAGUAAUGAUACGUUUCCGUAUGCUACAAGUAUAUCCUAGGAUCACUUUCAAGUAUAAUAAUAAGGAUACAUCACCCCCAUUUUCUAUUCAUUUCACCUAGAACUUGCACUGAUGCCUUCAAAGCUGUAGAGAUUUUUGAAAUGACUGAUAGUGGAUGUACUGCACAGAUUAAAACUAUUGCAGAUAUUUUGCAAUAUGUUUUGGUUAGAAAGAAAGGGAACCUGAUUAUUUACGCAUUCAUAAAGACAUAGAUGGACAAUUAAUUUUUUCAAUGUGCUGCACAUUUUUGUGUACUGAACUACUACCACUACCUUACCUUUCUGUACCUGCUAGGCACCUAUUUAGGAAUGAAAAGGACUUCUGCUUACUUUAUUUAAUUUGAUUAUUUUUUUUACUAUAGGAAUUUAUUUACAUUGUCUGCUUUUAAAGUUUAUAAUUGGUUUGCAGAUUCACCUUGUGUACAAUAUAUUUCAGGUCUUGAGUUUCUUGAUGGAAACAGAGUUAAUUGUGGCCUCUCCCCAGUGUAAUUAAAACUGCAGUACUUCAUAGUAAGACAUAUCAUUGGAGAAUGAGGUAUCCAUUUUCAAAAGUACAGUGAAAUUUCCAGGCCAGUUGGCCUUUGUGUACGCUAAUGGAGAAAGCCUGUAGGUGCUUUCAUUGGAGCUGCAGGUAACAUUCAUAAAACAUAAAUUGACUUGGAAAAAUUCACAGGUACUUUGCCUAUGUAUUCAACUCUUAAAAUGUAAAUACAUUUUUACUGUAAUGAAUUUAUCAGAAGCUGUGCAUUGCCCAUAAAACAAACUGCAUAAAUAGUCUGACAUCAAAUGUUUCCUACACAGUGUUGCAGAUUUAAGUAUAAAUGCUUUUUGUAACUCUAUGCUUUUUGACCUGUUAAUCUGCUGAGCAAUAAACAUCUGUUUUGGGGCUUUGGGGUUUACAUUUGCUUUGCUAUUUAUGCUUCAUUUAAAUGUUCCUUUUAUUCAUGCUGUCAAAUGUAUUUUGCAAAGCAAGUGAGCAACAUAACGAAAGAAAAUGAACAAAAUUACUUGGACAGCAUUUAUGAGUUACUCAGUUUGAUACUGGUGUUAAACAUACUGUUGAUCUCAAUAAUUGGCUGCAGCAGUGGGCUGUCAUUGUAUCCCUUUGUGUUGAGGUCUUGGGCUAAAAGAGUCUCUUCAUAGUGAUAUACGUCAAGAGAGCUUGAACAGUCUCAACCUAGCUUUGAAUGAACCUAAGCAAGUAACAUAAAAUUCACAGUAUUACUCAGGGAAGCAUCAACAUUCAUUGUGUCCUAGGGAAUACACUUCUAAGAUAAGACACAAUAAUGAGACAAUGUAGAAGCUGAUUUAUAGUUCAUGUUGACUUUCAGUUGACAAUAGUAGAGACCGUAUUUUCCACCACCGUUACAUCUGACAUAGGUGACAACAAAUUUUCAGCGAGACCAUUUUUAAGUCAGUCUUUUUCUGGCUUACCUGCACUAUUGUAUUUUCAAAGAAGUUUGCAGAUAAGUCAGAGGUUGGAAUGUUGGAUUUAAAAUCUAAAUUAUUAUCACAACUAGCAUUGAAAUUCACCUUCGAACUAAUUUAUUAUGAAAUUUGUCCAGAUAAUGUUAAUAAGCUAGGAAUUGACUUAAUUUUCUUAACUUUUGCCCAUCAUGUGACCAUUUUUGAAACACUGUUGUUAUCUUAAAAUUAAAUGCAGAAUCUAGAAGGAAAUCUAAUUUGAAUUAAAGCAAUCUGAAGAGGGGGAAAUGAAUCCCUCCAAAAGAUUUCCUUACUGCACUUUAAUCCAGGUCUAAGGUUGAUAGCUUUAUGCUGGAAGUGUAUUUUCUUUCUCCUCAUUGUAUACUCUGUUACUAUAAUUGUAUUUUGCAACUCAAGUGUAGCUAAUGUAAUGUACCCAAGUAGCUGAAUAUGAAGUAAAUGAUGGAAAAAAAUCCACAUUUUAAGUCCUCAUUUCAGUAUUGUAAAAAUAGUAAUACUACACUAUUAGGCAAUUAUGUUUUAUAUUUUUUCAAGGUAAUUUAAAUAAAUAGAUGGUGGAUGAUCAUCUCGAGAGAGAAAAUUGGCAAGAAAGUAGGACUUGCGGAAUUGCUCUUCUAGAGAACUGGGAUGGAUGUUGCAGACCAAAUGACAUCCUAUUGUGCUGUAAUGUAAAAGCUUCUGCUUACUUUGUUACUAAUAUCAUAAAUGUGCAUAGUGAGUCAUUUAGUUUUCAGUUUAUGGUAAAAUUUAAGUGCAUUUAAUUAAUUAUUUUGGUAGCACAAGCCUGAAACUUCUGAAAAUUCCAACAUUCCAACCUGUCCCAAAUUUGUUUUGAUAAAUGUUUAACACCAGAAUUGCAUUUCCUUUCAGUUCAUGAUGUAAGUGAGUUCAGACUAAAUACAACUUUUUGGGUUAAUUCAUUCUUGAGAUAUGGGUGUGACUAACGAAGCCAACAUUUAUUGCAUAUCACUGAGAAUGUGGUGGUGGUCCAUCUUCUUGAACUAAUGCAGUCUGUACAGUGAAAAUAAUUCUAUUGCUGCAAUUCUUUUACUGGCUGCCAUAUUUUCAUUAACAGAGAAAUCUAUGCUCACAUUGUGCAAUAUUUGUUGCUUUGCACUUAUAACAGAAUUUUUGUAAUUUUUGUGCCACUGCUGGGUUAACCAGUUUUUCUUGCAAUUUGCACAGCGGUAAUAUCAUCUCCAAGACUGUUUAAUAAUCUAUUUCAAUAAUAAAAUUGAGAUAUAUGAACUAUUUUUGAGAACUUAAAAAUACUGGAAAUAAUUGUAUUUCACCUGAGAGUUUUUUAAAUUGUAAAGCAAAAUAAUGUGCUGCUGCAAAGCUUAAUCAUUAUUAUGUGACACUGUUUCUGGAGCUUUGUGGUUGGAAGUACUGCUAAUAAAGUUCAUUUAAAAGGCUUACAGCGCUAUUUUUCA